GUUAGCUUAAAAGGUAUAACAGCGUGGAAGGGAAAAAAAGUGCAUGAAGCUUAAGCUGAGGGAGGGGAAAAAGAAGCAAAAAGCUAAGGAAAAAACACCGAAAAGCAACGUCUCUAUAUGUCUCUGUCUCUUAAGUGUUUCUGAUCUCAAUCAUUUUUUAAACAGCUAAAAGCAUAUAAAAAAGCUACAAACAUAGCAACAAUUCUGUGUGUUUUUUUGUUGUUGUUGUUUAUCUCAAAUUUGGAGAGAGAUCCAGAGAGAGAGAGAGAGAGAAUGUUCUGAUCUUACAGUUAUUGAUCUCCGUCUUCUUCUUCUCUUCUCCAAUGCUUUGAUCUUCGUCUCACACAGGUUAAAAGAAUAGAAGAUCUUAGUGGCGUGAGGCCCAUUUUCUUCUGUCUGUGAUCCAUUCAUGCACUGUGCGUAGCAUCAUUGCUUUGUUGAAGAAAGAGAUGGAGACAGGGGAAAGCAACAGUUGUAGUAACCAGAGUUGUGAACCAUGCAAGGAUACCUCAUGGUACAGUCAAUUCCGAAAUGCAUCCAAUCCUUUGAUGGCAAGAUAUGCCUAUGGCUUGAUAUUCUUAUUCUCCAAUCUCUUGGCAUGGGCUGCACGUGAUGAACUUUCUAGCCUUGGUGCUUUAACAAAACGGAAGGGGUUAAAAGGAUUCAAGUUUGGAAAAGACUAUUUGGGUGCAGAUGGUGUUUUACGAGUGAGCUUGGGUUGCUUUAUGUUUUAUAUGAUAAUGUUUUGGUCAACUGCUGGCACUUCUAAAUUGAAACAAGCCAGAGAUACAUGGCACUCUGGAUGGUGGUCAGUGAAGAUUAUUCUCUGGGUUGCUGUGACAAUCUUCCCAUUUUUACUUCCUUCUGAGUUGAUUGAGCUCUACGGGGAGAUUGCACAUUUUGGUGCCGGGGUCUUCCUCCUAAUUCAACUUAUAAGCAUAAUCCGCUUCAUUACAUGGCUGAAUGAUUUUUUUGCCUCUGGAAAAUAUUCACAAAGAUGGCAUAUACAUAUUGUGUUAUUUGCAAGUUCUUCACAUCUUAUCUGUUUGGUGGGGAUCAUUUUGAUGUUCAUUUGGUAUGCGCCACAACCAUCUUGCCUCCUGAACAUUUUCUUCAUUGCUUGGACCUUAGUACUUCUCCAACUCAUGACAAGUGUAUCUCUGCACCCAAAAGUGAAUGCUGGCAUUCUAAGUCCAGGCUUGAUGGGGCUAUAUAUUGUCUUCCUUUGCUGGAGUGCAAUUAGAAGUGAACCAGCAGGAGACAACUGCAUCUUAAAGUCACACUCUGCAGGCAAAACAGACUGGCAAAACAUCAUUAGCUUUGUUGUUGCAAUACUAGCAAUCGUUAUUGCAACAUUUUCCACGGGCAUAGAUUCCAAAUGCUUUCAGUUCAGGAAGGGUGAUACGCCUGCAGAAGAUGAUGUUCCAUAUGGUUAUGGCUUCUUCCAUUUUGUUUUUGCAACAGGAGCAAUGUACUUUGCAAUGCUAUUGAUUGGAUGGAAUAGUCAUCAUUCUAUGAGAAAGUAUGGUCCCAUCCUGAAAUUGGCCCAUAACAUGUCAUGCGCAAUUUACUUGGAUUUCUUGUUUUGCUUUGUCACCCAAAAAGAUAAAGGAAGGGGUAAAGAAAAGAAACACAUUGCAUUUCUUAUUGUUAAUAGCCAAAUCAACAUACAAAAAUAUAUAUGCCACCAAACUCAAUAAAUGUGAUUCCCUUGAAGUUUUAGAGAAUUAGAAGAUGAAUUCUUUUUUGAUAGAUAUCAUCAGGUGUUCGAAAUACUAACAGAUCCGACUAAUCCAAUUUUAGGUUUGAGCCUCUCUCCCGGAAAAAGUUGCAUUCUUUGUGUGACAUAAAAUAUCAUCAUGGAUCAUAGUACUUUAUUAUGCUAUUAUAUUUGUCAGCAAUACCACUCCCAAAAUGUUGUCACACUCAUAGCAUAACCCCUUUUUUCCCUAGUUUCUUUUUUAUACGUGCUAGUAGCAAGUUUAUUAGAUGUUCACUCUGUCUUUCUUUAAGAGCAGUCAUAAAUUUUGUGAAAAUUUUAUGUAAUACCUAUA